AUGGAAAGUGGUGGUCGUGUAGCUGGACUCGGUUUGGAGUUGUUAAACCAGUCAAACUACCGGAUAUGGAAAACUUGUAUGGAAUCGUACCUGGUUGGGGAAGAUUUGUGGGACAUCGUCGUAGGCGAUGAUGAUGUAGCUCCUGAGGAUGUUGCUGAAAAUGCGGAAGCAUCGAAGAAGCGGAAGAGACUCAACGCAAAGGCAGAAUUUGUGUUGAAGAGGUCAAUCUCCCACAAUCUGUUCGAACACAUCAUCGGUUGUGGAUCUGCUCGUGAUAUCUGGGAAACGUUUGAUCGUCUUUUCAAUAAGAAGAACGAGGCUCAUGAGAAAAUCUCAGAGGCUCAAACUAAGAGGCAUAUUGUUCGAGGACUUCGACCCGAAUAUACACCAUUCAUCACCUCGAUUCAAGGGUGCGGACAUCAUGUUACUGGAGAUGAUUCUGUGUUCUCGUCGAGUCGAGUUCAUAAUGGGGGCGGUGGCAUUGUCACGGCAGAUAACUCGGUUCACGAAGUUAAAAAGGAAGGAUUGAUUGUCAUUGAAAGCGACAAAGGAGAAUCUAUUACUCUGAAGAAUGUUUACCACGUCCUAGGAAUUCUGAAGAAUCUCUUCCCAGGUUGCGUCUUGUGA